GACUCCAGGUAGUAGUUUGUUGAAAGUACCAAUUUGCAAUUCUUAAGUUAAAGUUUCCCAAAUUUUUUUUUUUUUAGAGUAGUUGAUCUAAUCGUAAUAAUAUCACCAUGGAUGAAAAUUACGAUGUUAUUGUUUUAGGUACCGGUUUGACUGAAUGUAUUCUUUCUGGUCUUUUAUCAGUUGAAGGAAAAAAGGUUUUACAUAUAGAUCGUCAAGAUUUUUAUGGUGGUGAAUCGGCAUCCUUGAAUUUAUCGCAAUUGUAUUCUAAAUUCAAACCAUCUGCUCAAAAGCCCGAUACUUUGGGUGGUAGGGAUCGUGACUGGUGUGUUGAUUUGAUUCCAAAGUUCUUAAUGGCUAAUGGUGAAUUGACUAAUAUCUUGGUUCAUACUAAUGUUACCCGUUACAUUGAGUUCAAACAAAUUGGUGGUUCUUACGUCUACCGUAAUGGGAGAAUUGCUAAAGUUCCUUCUAAUGAAGUGGAAGCCAUCAAGAGUUCUUUAAUGGGUAUUUUUGAAAAAAGAAGAAUGAAGAGAUUUUUGGAAUUCAUUGCUAAUUAUAAUGAAGAUGUUAGUUCUACUCAUCAAGGAUUAAACUUGGAUUCAAAUACAAUGACUGAAGUGUAUAAUCAUUUCGGUUUGGAAGAUGGUACCAAAGAUUUCAUUGGUCAUGCCAUGGCAUUAUGGUCAAAUGAUGACUAUUUAAAUGAAGUUGCCCGUCCAACUUUUGAAAGAAUUUUAUUAUACGUCCAAUCAGUUGCAAGAUACGGUAAAUCUCCUUACAUUUAUCCAUUAUACGGUUUAGGUGAAUUACCUCAAGGUUUUGCUAGAUUAUCAGCCAUCUAUGGUGGUACUUAUAUGUUGGAUACUCCAAUCGAUGAAGUUUUAUAUGACGAUAAUAAAAAAUUUGCUGGAGUUAAAACUAAAGAAGGUACUGCUAAAGCUCCAAUUGUCAUUGCUGAUCCAACUUACUUCCCAGAACGAGUUAAAAAAACUGGCCAUAGAGUUAUUAGAGCCAUGUGUAUUUUAGAUCACCCAAUUCCAAGCACCGGUGACUUGGACUCGGUUCAAUUAAUCAUUCCUCAAAACCAAGUUGGUCGUAAAAAUGAUAUCUAUAUCGCUGUCUUAUCCGAUGUUCAUUGUGUUGUACCAAAAGGUUACUACUUGGCAAUUGUUUCUACAAUUAUCGAAACUGAUACUCCUCACGUUGAAUUAGAACCUGCUUUCAAAUUAUUAGGUAAUAGAUUAGAUACCUUAAUGGGUCUUGCAGAAUUAUAUGAACCAAGUGACGAUGGUACCGACAGUGGUAUUUUCAUUUCCAAGAGUUACGAUGCCAGUUCCCAUUUCGAAAGUACUACUGACGACGUUAAAGAUUUGUACUUCAGAGUUACCGGUAAACCAUUAGUGUUGAAAAAGAGAGAACCUGAAGAUGAAGAAGAAUUAAACGGUCUUUAAUCUAGCUGUCCUCUUUUCCUUUUUUUUUUUUAAUUUCAU